AUGGGUCAGAAAUCGAUUGCAGCGCCUGCACAUGCUCACACUUCCUCAGUAAGCGUUGCCGUGAAGCUAGAGGUCGAGCCAACAGAGAUGUCCAUCGAUAAAGUCCAGAGCCAGGGCUUUCAGUCUCUAAACGCCAAGUCAACUAGAACCGAAGCCGUGUCUUCCUCGAGCUCGGCUCCGCAUGGACAUGGUCCUAUAGUGCCUUCGCCUUCAAUAUCAGUAUUACAUCAACAAAAACCUGUAGGAAUGCCACCUUCGCCUCUCAUGCUUCAAGGGCCAAAAGACACGACAAUACCAUCCUUGCACUCAAAACCACAAGGAGGAGAACCUACGUCAGUACUGCCUUCAGGCUCAACAUCACAAGGAAGGGACAUUCUAAAGACUCCUACAGGCUCAAUGCCGCAGAAUCAAGGAUCCAUGCCGGCAUCAUCCUCAAGCUCGGUAUCGAAAGUAGGAUAUGCUGUAGCAUGCUCGAGCCUCAUGCUACAAGGGCAUGGAUCUACAACAACACCAUCUCCGGCUGCGGCACAAGCCCGUGAAACCAAUGUUUCAAAGCCAACGACGUCUUCAACCUCAGUAAUGGCAACCAUGCCCACACCUCAUAAAUUUUCGGACUUGCCUUCGAUCAUUAGUACCCAAGGAGAGCAACUACCGAUCAUCAAGCCAUCUCAACCAAAGCGCAACGCCAUCCAAAAGGUCGAAGACGCUACUAGUAAUACUAUAUUUCAGAAUCCGAGUGACAAAAUAGAUCCCCAAUUAAUUCCAGCACAACCCACCUCUGAGGCAACAUUUGGUCCUCUUUUACAGACCAAAGCAGAGUCAUCCGCCCCAGAAGCUGCAAUAGCAAGUCAAGGCUACUGUAACGAAAAAGGGACAGGUCAAGGAAACAUGACAGACAGACCGCAAGCGAGUUCCACCACACAUAAUGCUGACAACGCACCCCGACAGGGUCAAUCAAGCUUGACUUCAUCUUUGCCUGUCUCGCCAGCGGAGCAUACUGAACCCAGAGCGGGCCUUGUACAUACGGGAUACGGCCAGGUGGUGGACGAGCAACGAAACUGGCUUAACAAACAUCGUGUGUCUGCAGUCGUUAGCUCUGAGCCCAAUGCUCGGAUGUUAGUUGAGCAAAUCCAGCAAGUGCUUUCUGAGGUUCGGACACAGGAGAAGCUUGUGGAGCAAAACGAGACUUUGAGUCGCCAAAUGGCACUAUUAAAGGACGAAAUUCAGGAUCUCAAAAUUAAAAAUGGGCAACAGGCACAGGCUAUGAAGGAGAUAAACCUUAGGCGAGAUGCUGAGAGAGAUAUGCUUCAAGCAAGUCUUCAGCUGGAGCUGGAGAAAAUACAGACGCUCCAGGAGACAAGUCUCCGACGGCAAGCUGAGGAAGACCUUGACCUUGCCAAGAAGGAAAUACAAGAACAACGUAUUCGGAACCGUGAAUCUGAAUUAGAAAGAUGUAGAGCUGAGGCCUUGACAUUAGUUGCAAAGACGAGAGAAGAGAGCCGAACAGCUCAAUUAGAGGUUGCUAAGGCCAGAGAAGAGCGUGCAAUAGCACUAGAGAAACUGGCUCGUUCUGAGGCAGAGAAACAGGGGCUACUUAGAAUGAUCCUAUCAAUGGAAGCAAUGGGUCAUUCAAGAAUGGCUUUGUCAGAUCAGUUGGGAAGUACUGUGAUAGCUCCAGACUGUAGCGAAGGCUCGGUCAUGGUUCAAAAGUACCCGUACCCCGAUGUUAGUUCUCUAGAACUGGAGGCAGCCAGUGUGAAUGCCUCAAAUGAAGGUGAUCGCCAGGCCCAUCACAGAUAA